UCCGGAACGGACCUGUCUUGCCGCCGCUCUUUAUCGCGUCUCUCUCUCUCUCUCUCUCUCUCUCUCUCUCUCUCUCUCUCUCUCUCUCGCCUUUUAGUCGUCGGCUACAGCUUGCGAGGUGAAGGUGCGACGGACAGGGCGGGUUUUGGAUGUCUUAUUUCUUCGGGAACUUCGACAAUACGACGCUGGAGUUCGAUCAGUCUAAUGGAGUGUUUAUAUUAACUUUGCGAGACUCUGCCUUCGAUAUUUCGAUCUCCUGAUGUGAUUUAUCUAAGCACAUCUCUUUUUUAAUGAUGAAACGUCUCUUAUAACGAAUUUAAAACGACUUAAACGACUAAAACGACGUAAUUCAAAGCGAAAGGAUGGGAAAAAACUUCGCUAUACGACACUUCGAUGCUCUGAUCUCUCGUCCUGAGGAAUAAAACACGAGAAGAAGAAGAUGAACUGCUUGCGAAUCAUGACAAAUCGAGCGACGACUUUUAUUCUGGUUGUCUUCUCAGUCACCCUCCAGCUCUCCUGUCAGGAGGUUGUCAGCGGUUUGGAGAAUAGUCCCCUGACAGAGGUGAGAGCCAUAGUGGGGGGCAGGGUGCUCCUACCUUGCCAUAUGGACCCUCCGAUCAAAGAUGAUUCAACUCACCUGGUCCUGUUUUACUACAGUAAUGAGGGGACACCAAUAUACAGCCUGGAUUCCAGAGGGAGCACGCUGGAAAACGCAAACCACUGGGCUGACGAGAACAUGUCCAGCAGAGCCUACAUUAAAACUGACCAGGGACAGCGAGGACUCGUCCUGGAAAGCAUCACCAAAGAGGACGAGGGCGAUUACAGGUGCAGAGUGGAUUACCUGGAAAGCCCCACGAGGAAUUUCAGGAUCAAGUUGAUUGUUGUCACACCUCCUGAUAAGGUCGAAAUCACCAGCAACAAAGACGGUAAAAGGAGCCUUAAAGGAACAAUCGGUCCUUACGUAGUCGGUACCAAAAUCGUCUUGACCUGCACAGCAACCGGAGGAUCUCCAAGACCACAGGUGACCUGGUGGGAGGGAUCCCACCUCCUGGACAACACCAGCGAGGUCACGUCAGGUCAGGUCACGAGCAAUGACCUCUACCACCCUCUGCUGACCAGGGACGACUUCAACAAGUCCCUGAGAUGCGUCGCUUCGAACUCGGACUUGACGACACCCCUCUCUGUCUCUGUCGAAAUAGAUAUGCACUACCCUCCCACAAGCGUCAUCUUGGAGGGCGGGGCUUCGAGAAUGACCUUAAAAGAGGGCGUGGCCAGACGGGUCACCUGUCAGGUGAUUGGCUCCCGCCCCGCUGCCAAGGUUACCUGGAAAGGCACUGACGGGAGAAGCCUGCCGGGUCCCCAAGAGACGGUGGUUGAAGACAUCCUACAAGACGGGACCACCAGAUCAAUCCUUACCAUCCUACCUACGCUGGAGGAUGACGGGGGUGUCCUGGAAUGCUCUGGCUCCAAUCCUAGCUUACCCAAGGUUGUGUUAAGGAACACGACUCAUCUCUCUGUGUUGUACAAGCCUCAGAUGACUCUGGGCCCUGAGGAAGGUUCCAGUCUGGGAGAUCUCAGGGAAGGUGGUGACGUCACACUGAAGUGCUCGGUCAGAGCCAAUCCUGAGGUGUUGGACGUCCAGUGGGCUCUCAAUGGCGUCCCCCUGCAGGAAUCCCCAGGGAAGGCCUUCAAGACGACCAGGGACGUCCUGUCUCUUCAGAAUAUCGAGGUCUUCCUCAGGGAACUGGAACCCCCGGCCUCUACCUCUGAACCUCUGUUGUUUGAGGUCAAGUUUCCUCCCAUCUGCGCCCCUGGGCAGCAGAGGGUAUUCGGGGCAGCCAGGCACGAAGAGGUGCUCGUUCGAUGUACGGUCGAGGCGUACCCUGUCCCAACUUCAUUCAGGUGGGCAGUCAACACCUCCACAGGGCAAGUGGACAUCGCCCUCAGCCACUCCGUCAGUAGUGGCACCCAGAGCACCGUCAGGUACACCCCACAGACCCACCUGGAUUUCGGGGAGCUCCUCUGUUGGGCAGAGAACGAGGUCGACCUGCAAGAGACGCCAUGUGUCUUCCAGGUCAUACCUGCUUCCAAACCAGAGUCGGUAUCAGAAUGCCUGGCUGAACGGAACUCAACCAUGCCGGCUUCUGUCGUCCUUGUGACCUGCGCGGUGACUUCAGACAGGGGUCUGAAUCAGACCUUCACCCUGGAGGUGAGGCAGAAGGCCACUGAGGAGGUGCUGGAAAAGUUCAGCCUGGCAACCAAGCCUCAUUUUCUAGUUACAGGGCUGAAGAUAGGCGUGCCCUACCUCCUGACGAUCACCCCAGCCAACAGCAGGGGCUCGGGCCCCCCCUUCACCUUAUCCUACACGCCCCCCUCGGCCUCGGCAGACAAAGUCAUCUUUCCAUACUCUGAAACGACCAUCCUAUCCCUCACGCCCCUUCUGAUCGUGAUUUUGGGCGUCCUCAUCGGGGUAUCUGGGUGUGUAGGAGUGGCUGUGGUCCUCGGCAGGAGGCGGAAACAUCCCUGGAGGGGGAAAGUGGAGGACCAGAUGAGGAUAUCCUACUGCAGCAGGUCCUCCAAGGACGCUAGGGAUCCUGAGGAACUUCCGACGAUUAUGAGACUGACUAAUGAUUACGACGAGGGGGAUGAGGAUGAAGCGCGCAGGCGCGCUGCCAGAGCGACGGCAGCGCGUAGCUCUUUGUACUCCAAUCCGACCGAGUGUCUCAAUAACCAAGAUCGAUCUCUCCCCACGGGAGAAAUUCUCCUGACGAAGGCCCUCCACUGCGAGCGAAGGACGCCCUUAAUGCCCCAAAGGGACAAUCUCCCAAGGACACCGCCAUCUUCACGAGGAAAGGACACCUCGGAGCAGCGUCCGCCAAUCGGUCUAGUCCUCGCUAACGCAAGGGCGACCUCGAAGCUACCUUCCAGGAAGCCCUACUCGAGUCCAGCAGCGGCCGGCCUUCUUAAUCCAGGCGGUCUCCUGGAGGCGGGGGAUUACGUCCCCGGGAUAAUGACUCCGCCAGAUCCAAUUAUCACACAAAGGAUAAUCACAUAAGUGCCAUAGGAUGUCUGUCCCGAGGCAAUUACCGGACAAAGAGUGAUCAUUCGAUAAUUUUGCCAUAGGAGGAUAUCCUUCGAGGUUCGCCUGGGAUUCUGUGGUACGGUCUCUCUCUCUCUCUCUCUCUCUAUCUCGCCGUUAAUUUCAGGACCAGUCUGCAGGUCAAGGUCAAAGAAAGGUCGGUUUAAGCCCUAUGAAGGUUUAAGGAACUGACGAUUUGGUGUUUAACAAGGAUUAUAGAAGCAUGACGAACGACUUGGCAAGCUGAUUUUGGCGCGAAACUUUCGUGCCAAAAUAAUGUAAACAAACCGUUGACGUUUAGUUUUGUGAGCUCAUACUCGAGAGAAAAAUGAGUUUAUCUAUUUAUUUAAACUUAAAUAAACACUGGCAAACUCUUUCUUCGUUGUAGAAUGAGUGGUGAGACAUAGAAAUAAACGAGGAAAAUGUUACAGAAGAAGAUAAACGAGAUACGAGCCUAAAAUAUAUUGUUUUAUUGUGA